AUGGUGAAGCCCGUGGUGAACGCCAAUAUGAACGCGACUCUGCGCGAGGUCGUGGGACGUUUCGUGGGCGCUGCCCCUCACCUCUCGCACACGCAAACGGUGCAGCGUCUGUACAAGAAGUCGCUCAAGACUCUGGACUCGUGGGUCAUUGACCGCCGUCUCUGGAACGAAGAGGCCACCAAGAUUCGUGCCCAAUUUGACUCGAAUGGGCAGCUGGACCCUAAUUCCGGGCUUGCAAAGCGUCUCGUGCGUGAAGCCCAGGAAAAAGUGGACCACUACACGCAUCCGGACCGCUAUAUCUUCAACUACAUGCCUGGAGGCAGUCUCUACAUGCGCAAUGCGCCCAUUCCACUGGACGUGUGCUUUCCAGAUGGAGAGAUCCCGGACGACGUGGAGCUGUCGCCUCUCGAAGGCAUUAACAUUGACAUGACGCCGCUGCCGGCGAAGGAGACGGUGUUUGUGGACUUUUCCAAGAAAGGGUACGACUAA